CUUAUAUUGACACACAUAAUAAGAGGGCAAAGGAAACAAAAGAAAAUUCCAGCCAUUACUCAUUUCCUCUUCUCUCUCUUCUAAUUCUCUUUUGCAAUUUUUUUGUGAUGAGUUUGUUGGGUCAUUGCAAUGGUUUCACUGGGAAUUUCUUCAAAAUUUCAACCCAUAAACUUCAUUCUCAAUCUUAUAAUGUGGGGAAAAGGGUACCCAUAAAAAUGUUAAAGAGGGAUUCAGGUGUACAGAAAUAUGAGCAAGAUGAUGUUUUGAUGUCAAAGAAUGAUUUGAAGAACAAAGUGAACGCCUUAACGGUUGUCAAUUCAUUGGCUGUAGUUAAUUUGCUUGCGAUAGACCCAGCAAAUGCCAUCCAAAUGGAGGAUAUAAUACAGGAUAAGGCAGCAUCUAUCUAUAUGCUAGCCGAUGGGAGUAUUGGAGAUUGGUUUGGAGGUCUUCUAUAUUCAGCUGGGCAACAAGCCAAUGAAGCUGUUUUGAAUCAGUUGUCAGCUCUUAGUUUGACAAGUCUGGCUGUCAUUUUUGGAGCUGGACUGGUAACCAGCCUUUCCCCUUGUACACUAAGUGUUUUGCCUUUAACACUUGGUUAUAUAGGUGCUUAUGGCUCUGGAAAAAGCCGUGCACAGGUCAUUGGUGAUUCCAUUGCUUUCGCAUUAGGAUUGGCUACUACGCUGGCACUCCUUGGUGUUGGAGCCUCUUUUGCUGGAAAAGCUUAUGGACAAAUAGGCAGCGGGUUGCCUUUGGUUGCAUCUGGUCUUGCUAUUGUGAUGGGCCUUAAUCUGUUAGAGAUACUUGAGUUGCAGCUUCCAUCAUUUUUCAAUGACUUUGAUCCCCGUGCAGCAGCUGCAAACUUCCCCUCAAGUGUGCAAGCAUAUUUGGCUGGUCUUACAUUUGCUUUGGCCGCAUCACCCUGCAGCACACCUGUACUGGCCACUCUACUUGGUUAUGUGGCUUCAACCAAGGAUCCUCUAAUUGGGGGCAGCUUACUGCUGACCUACACUACAGGCUAUGUUGCUCCUCUGCUGUUGGCUGCAUCUUUUGCUGGUGCAUUGCAGAGGCUGCUUUCAUUUCGCAAGUUUUCAGCUUGGAUCAAUCCACUGAGUGGCGCCCUCCUCCUAGGCGGAGGUCUGUAUAGUUUGCUGGAUAGACUUUUCCCUACUACAACAAUGGUGAUGUAGAUAUCCAGAGCUAAAAGUUGUAUUAGAUUUGUUUGCAAGAAUACACAGUAUUAUCUUCGUGUGGCAAGGUAUAUAAGAUCAAAGGUGCCAAACGUCGAAUCCAAGUUCCUGUACACUUUGUAGGAUAUACUAAUAGUCAGUUCUAAAUUCUGAGUGUAAACCUUAGAUUAUAUCAGCUAAAUUACUUGAACCAUGUAUAUCUGAGUGUAUACUUAGUAAUAAUCACUCCUUACUUUGUCAAAUCCUCUGUAUCUGACACGUCUUUUUCUUAAGUAAUCCUAAUUAAUUAAGGGAAAUCACGUGCUAAUGAGAUCCCCUUGAUAAUGACAGAUGAAAAGGAUUUCUUGUGUUUUGCAAA